GAGGGCAGCACGAGAGAGAGAGAACAAGGCAGCAAAAGGAGGCGGCGAGUUGCCCCGGGCGAGGGAGAAAGUUGGGGCCGGUGGGUAGGACGCUGAAGCCUGGGGGCGCUGCUGCAGCCUGCACGCUCCUGUCUGAAGCCCGAGCCGGGGCCGCUCCCAGCGAGGGGACCCCCAAGCCGCAGCGGGGCCGCCGCAGCGCCCGCCCCUUUGCCCCCUGCGCUCUGCCGCAGCCAGCGCGCCUCCCCCCAGGUGCCGCCCGGCGGAGCGCCCGGGACAAUGGCCCUUCCUCGGGGCCACUCCGCGUCCGAAACUCCCCCCCCCGCCCCCCGCCAAGUUCAGAACUUUGCCGACGUCAGGGGCUCAGCAGCCAAUGAGCGCUGGCCUGGAUAUUUUGGGAGGAGAGGCGGGAGGAGUGGCCCCCACGGCCCUGGCGUCUGCCUGGCCGCCUCGCGCGCAGUGAAUGGGAAGGCGGCCGCCGCGGGAGCCGCGUCCAGCGCCUGCCGAUCCCGGGGCUCUGCGCAGCGGCCGCCCGCAGCGAGGCUGGCCUGGCAUGGGAGCGGCGAAGGUGCAGGAGCCAGGGACCGAGCAGCUGGCCGCCGGGGCACUCUGAGGUCUCCGCCGUCGCCUCCCCGAGCGGUUACCUGCCCUGCCAGGUUGGGCGAUGCGGAGUGGGGCGGGGGCUGCUUGCCGAACCCCCUGAUGGAUGGUUAGCUCCGUUUACCUGAACUCCCUGCUCCUCUUUCAUCUGCGGGCUCCUCUGGCUGGAGCGCUGCUAACCCCCUCGCCUGCUGGUGCCGGUCAGGUAACACUGGGAAACCUGAAAGGCUAAAAGGCACCACGGAUCAUAACCCUCCCCCCAGAUCUCCCCGGAAGAUUGGCUGGUGCGAGCGGAGAUGCGGGGAGAAGUGGGCUCUCUUGGGCGGUGCUGAGAGCUCCUCGCAGCCCUUUGCCCUCUCUGUCGCUGGGGUUUCCCACCUCUGAGGACCGGCUGCUCCUGCAUCCUUUUGCACCCUGUUCGGGGAAGGGAGAAGGAGACCAUGUUGCCCGGUGGGAGCCGUGCGUCCCUGUGGCUGGGAGUGAUCCUGGGCUUCUGGAGCUCCGUGGCUUGGAUGCCUGUUGGAGGAUGCCCCAAUAAAUGUACCUGCUCUGCCUCCAACGCGGAUUGUCAUGGGCUGGGGCUGAAAACCGUGCCACGGGGUAUUCCCAGGAAUGCCGAGAGACUGGACUUAGACAGAAAUAAUAUCUCAAGAAUCACCAAGAUGGACUUUGCUGGGCUGAAGAAUCUCCGUGUCUUGCAUUUGGAAGAAAAUCAAAUCAGUAUGAUAGAGCGUGGAGCAUUUCAGGAUCUAAAGCAACUCGAACGGCUGCGUCUGAACAAGAAUAAAUUACAGGUUUUACCAGAGCUGCUUUUCCAGAACACGCUGAAGUUAACCAGAUUAGAUCUAAGUGAAAACCAAAUUCAAGGAAUCCCAAGGAAGGCCUUUCGAGGAAUUACUGAUGUGAAGAACUUGCAACUGGACAACAACCAGAUCAGCUGCAUUGAAGAUGGAGCCUUCAGAGCCCUGCGUGACUUGGAGAUUCUUACUCUCAACAAUAACAACAUCACCCGCAUCCCUCUUACCAGUUUCAACCAUAUGCCCAAGAUCAGGACUCUGCGGCUUCACUCCAAUUACCUGUAUUGUGACUGCCACCUGGCUUGGCUGUCUGACUGGCUGCGUCAGAGACGCUCGAUUGGGCAGUUCACAUUCUGCAUGGCACCCGUGCACCUACGGGGUUUUAAUGUGGCGGAUGUUCAGAAAAAGGAAUACGUCUGCUCUGGUUCCCACUCCGAACCUCCAUCCUGCAAUGCUAAUUCCAUCACUUGCCCAUCCGCUUGCACAUGCAGCAACAACAUUGUGGACUGUCGAGGCAAGGGCUUAACAGAAAUUCCAUCUAACCUACCAGAGGGCAUUGUGGAAAUACGCUUGGAACAGAAUUCCAUCAAAACAAUUCCCACUGGAGCUUUUUCCCAGUACAAGAAACUUAAGAGAAUAGACAUCAGCAAGAAUCAAAUAUCUGACAUUGCUCCUGAUGCAUUCCAUGGCUUGAAAUCUCUCACCUCGUUAGUGCUCUAUGGAAAUAAGAUCACUGAGAUUCCCAAAGGCCUUUUUGAUGGGCUUGUCUCUCUGCAGUUGCUGCUUCUCAAUGCCAAUAAGAUCAACUGCCUCAGGGUAAACACGUUUCAAGAUCUGCAUAAUCUCAACCUGCUAUCUCUUUAUGACAACAAACUGCAGACCAUCAGCAAGGGGCUCUUUGCACCUCUCCAAUCAAUCCAGACUCUACAUUUAGCUCAGAAUCCAUUUGUGUGUGACUGCCAUUUGAAGUGGCUGGCUGAUUACCUGCAGGAUAAUCCGAUAGAAACCAGCGGCGCUCGAUGCAGCAGUCCACGUCGCCUUGCCAACAAACGAAUCAGCCAGAUCAAGAGCAAGAAGUUCCGCUGCUCAGGUUCAGAGGAUUACAGAAGUAAGUUCACCGGGGAGUGCUUCAUGGACCUUGUCUGUCCUGAAAAGUGUCGCUGCGAAGGAACAAUUGUAGACUGUUCCAACCAAAAACUCACCCGCUUACCCAGUCACCUUCCUGAAUAUGCUACCGAUCUCCGUCUAAAUGACAAUGAUAUAUCAGUUCUAGAAGCCACCGGAGUCUUCAAGAAACUGCCCAGCCUAAGGAAAAUAAACCUGAAUAACAAUAAGAUCAAGGAGAUCCGAGAAGGUGCCUUUGAUGGGGCAACAGGGGUGCAGGAGCUGAUGCUGACGGGGAAUCAGCUGGAAUCUGUGCAAGGGCGAAUGUUUAGAGGCCUCACAGGACUCAAGACAAUGAUGCUGAGGAGCAACUUGAUCAGCUGUGUGAACAAUGACACCUUCACAGGACUAAGCUCAGUAAGGUUGCUCUCGCUGUAUGACAAUCGCAUCACCACCAUCACUCCUGGAGCUUUCAAUACACUUGUCUCUUUGUCCACGAUUAAUUUGCUGUCUAAUCCCUUUAAUUGUAACUGCCACCUGGCAUGGCUAGGGAAAUGGCUGAGGAAAAGGAGAAUUGUCAGUGGAAAUCCACGUUGCCAGAAACCCUCUUUCUUAAAGGAGAUUCCGAUUCAAGAUGUGGCCAUACAAGACUUCACCUGUGAUGGUAAUGAUGAAAGCAGCUGUCUGCUCUCUCCUCGUUGUCCUGAUCAAUGUACUUGCGUGGACACAGUAGUGCGCUGCAGUAACAAAGGGCUGCGCAUCCUGCCCAAAGGUAUCCCCAAGGAUGUGACUGAGUUAUAUCUGGAAGGAAACCAUUUAACAGCUGUGCCAAAGGAGCUGUCGACCUUUAGACACUUGACACUGAUUGACUUGAGCAACAACAGCAUCAGCAUAUUGGCCAAUUACACCUUCAUCAACAUGACUCAGCUAUCAACGCUGAUCCUGAGCUACAACAGACUCCGGUGUAUUCCAGCCCUUGCAUUUAAUGGGCUCAAGUCUCUUCGAGUGCUAACUCUUCAUGGUAAUGAUAUUUCCAGUGUUCCCGAAGGUUCUUUUAAUGACCUUGUGUCCCUUUCACAUCUGGCUCUAGGUACCAACCCCUUGAACUGUGACUGCAGUCUGCGCUGGCUUUCGGAAUGGGUAAAGGCAGGGUACAAAGAGCCAGGGAUUGCACGCUGCAGUGGGCCAGAGGACAUGACAGACAGACUGCUGCUCACAACACCAACCCAUCACUUCCAGUGCAAAGGACCGGUAGAUAUCAGCAUUGUGUCCAAGUGUAACCCUUGCCUUUCCAGUCCAUGUAAGAACAACGGGACUUGCAACAAUGAUCCAGUGGAGUUCUAUCGAUGCACAUGUCCAUUUGGUUUCAAGGGUCGGGACUGCAAUAUGCCCAUUAAUGCCUGCAUUCAGAAUCCAUGCCAGAAUGGAGGGACCUGCCAUCUCACUGAGGCAAAUAAAGAUGGAUUCAGCUGUUCUUGCCCUCUAGGAUAUGAGGGGGAGAGAUGUGAAAUAAACCCAGAUGACUGUGAAGAUAACGAUUGUGAGAAUAACUCCACGUGCAUGGAUGGAAUCAACAACUAUGUCUGUCUCUGCCCUCCUAAUUACACAGGUGAGCUCUGUGAUGAGGUGAUCAACCACUGUGUUCCUGAGCUAAAUCCAUGUAAACAUGAGUCCAAAUGUAUCUCCCUUGACAAAGGAUUCAGAUGCGAGUGCCUACCUGGCUACAGUGGCAAACACUGUGAAACUGACGAUGAUGACUGUGUGAGCCACAAAUGUCGCCAUGGUGCUGUUUGCGUAGAUGCAGUCAAUGGCUACACCUGUGUCUGCCCCCAAGGGUUCAGUGGCCUCUUCUGUGAAAAUCCCCCUCCAAUGGUUCUGCUACAGACCAGCCCUUGUGACCACUAUGAAUGCCAGAAUGGGGCUCAGUGCAUUGUAGUGCACCAUGAACCAGUCUGCCGCUGCCUGGCUGGCUUCGCUGGCCAAAAGUGCGAGAAACUCAUCACCGUCAACUUUGUUGGGAAGGAUUCCUAUGUUGAGCUCCCGUCGGCCAAAAUCCGUCCUCAGGCAAACAUCUCCCUCCAGGUAGCAACGGAUAAAGACAAUGGCAUCUUAUUGUACAAAGGGGACAAUGACCCUUUGGCUUUGGAGUUGUACCAAGGACAUGUGAGGCUUAUCUAUGACACACGGACCUCUCCACCCACCACAGUGUACAGUGUGGAAACAAUAAAUGAUGGGCAGUUUCACAGUGUGGAAUUGGUUAUGCUGAACCAAACACUGAACUUGGUUGUGGAUAAAGGAACCCCCAAGAGUCUUGGCAAACUGCAGAAACAGCCCACAGUCAGCAUCAACACCCCGCUCUACAUUGGAGGGAUCCCAACAUCUACUGGGCUAUCUUCAUUGCGCCAAGGCACAGAUAGGAUGUCAAACGGCUUUCAUGGAUGUAUCCAUGACGUCCGUAUUAAUAACGAGCUCCAGGACUUUAAGGAUCUACCCCAGCAGUCAUUAGGAGUCCUUCCUGGCUGCAAAUCCUGCAACAUCUGCAAGCAUGGCAUCUGCCGGUCCAUAGAGAAAACCAGCGUUAUCUGUGAGUGUCACCCAGGCUGGACAGGCCCACUGUGUGACCAGGAAAUUGGAGACCCCUGCCUUAGUAACAAGUGUCUCCAUGGUAAAUGCAUAGCUGUCAAUUUUGCUUACACAUGUAAGUGCUCAGAGGGUUAUAUGGGCAUAUACUGCGACAGGAAGAAUGACUCCUCAAACCCCUGCAGAAUUAUGAAAUGCAACCAUGGGCAGUGUAAAAUUUCAGAACAUGGGGAGCCAUACUGCGAAUGUGACCCUAACUAUAGCGGAGAACAUUGCGACAAAGAGAAUCUUUGCCAGGGGGAGAUUGUCCGAGAAGUGAUCCAUAAGCAGCAUGGCUACAGUUCGUGUGUCACUGCCUCCAAAGUUCCCCAGAUGGAAUGUCGUGGCAGUUGCAGUAAUGGGCAGUGUUGCGUUCCCCUCCGGAGCAAAAGGCGGAAAUACAUCUUUCAGUGUGUGGAUGGAUCCUCCUUCAUGGAAGAACUGGAGAGGCAUGUGGAAUGCGGCUGCUCAAAAUGCUUAUAAGGCAAUCUCCAGUCUCUUGCCACUUUAAUCGGACCUAUUUACUUUCAGCGUGAAGAA